AUCCUCAGACACAAGUGAGAAGAAGUGAAGACUGCAACAGGACGCCAAACCAGAAGAACUCAAGAGAAGACAUUUAAAAACUAAAACACUUUUACCACCGGCUUGUGUAUAAUAUUUUUAAAAUUUCAACAGCUGUUAUUCAACUUUUUUCCUCUUUGGAACUUGAUUUUUCGCGUUUUUCUUCCCUCAUCAGACACUUAUUUAAUCUUCCACAAUGUUUCCAGAGGCAAACAAAGGGUUCAGCUACGAGGACUGCAAGGCCACUGCCGAUUGGCUGAUGGCCCAGACAGACGUUCGACCCACCGUGGGCAUUGUGUGCGGCUCGGGGCUCGGAGGCCUUGCUGACAUGUUAAAGGAUCAGGUAGCCUUCAACUACAAGGACAUCCCCAACUUUCCACAGAGCACUGUGCACGGGCACGCGGGUCGGCUGGUGUUCGGCACCCUAAGGGGGAGGCCAUGUGUUUGCAUGCAGGGGCGCUUCCACUUGUACGAAGGCUACCCAAUCCAGAAGAUUACACUGCCCAUACGUAUCUUCAAGCUGCUCGGUGUGGAGACGGUGAUGCUGACAAACGCGGCCGGGGGCCUCAAUCAGGACUUCAAAGUCGGAGACAUCAUGAUCAUCAAAGAUCACCUCAACAUGCCCGGCUUCGCUGGCAACAAUCCACUGUCUGGACCCAACGAUGAGAGGUUCGGUGUGCGUUUCCCCUGCAUGUCCGACGCUUAUGACAGAGAGCUGCAGCAGCUGGCCAUGGACGUGGGACAGGAGCUCGGCUACGGGGACUUCCUGAAAGAGGGUGUCUAUUGCGUGCUGGGUGGACCCUCGUUCGAGACUAUUGCAGAGUGCCGUAUGCUGCACAAACUGGGCGCUGAUGCUGUCGGCAUGAGCACAGUCCACGAGGUGAUCAUCGCGCGUCACUGCGGCAUGAAGGUCUUUGCCCUCUCAUUGAUCACCAACCAGGCGGUGACAGACUACGACAGCGAAGAGAAGGCCAAUCACGAGGAGGUCCUUCAAACGGGCAAGCAGCGAGCGGAGCAGCUAGAGCGGCUGGUUUCCACCAUGGUGACCAAGAUCGAGCACAACAACAACUACGCCUAAGAGACAUCAUGCAGUCAGAAGCUAGACUUUAGUCUUUUAGUAUGACUAAAAGUGGUUAUGGAUCGCAUUCAAUGCUAUCUUGCCAAAUAAAAUGAAAAUGAUGCUUAGUUUAUUAUUUAGGUGAGCAGUUGGGCUGUCCUUAGUCUUAGGUCAAAAGAUGAUAGCAUUAUAGUCCUCUGAAGAAUCUCACUUAGAUAAACAGGAAUAGCUUUGUUUUCAUGUCACUGUGCCUUAUCUGACAUCUUACAUUCCUUUAUUGAGUGACUCCAGACAAAAGUCGCUUCUCAGUUGUUUUUUGUAUCAUUUUAAAGAAGGCGUAUUUGUUCUAACUUAAAAUACAUGAUCGGCUUGUAUAAAUGUCUGCAAUUUAACUUAACAAUGAGCAAAAAUCUGCUGUAAAGAUCUUAAUAUUAUGAUGUUGUUGAAAUAUGUACAUUAGUGGACUUAAAGUAUUUUAUUGUGCUUUUUUUAAUAUGAACGUUGUUACUAAAGGUACUAUUUAUUACUAUAAUAA